UAAGAUGGCGGAAUGAACGGCUGUGACUUCCUAAAAAUGUUUCAAAUGUCCGAUUUUACAGCUAAAUAUAUUCCAAAACAUUCAUUUUGUCUAAAUCCCACGAAACGGAAGUUGAGUUGGGAGCGAUGGAGUGUUAUCUGAAGUGAAGAUUGAAGACGUGAUAGAAGAUGGACGACUACUGCUAUGCUAAGAUGGCGACGUCCGCUAAAAGAGAACAUGAAAGAGAAUCAGCGCCACCAACUUCCAGCAAAUCACCAACGGAGAUAAAGACGAAAGAUGAACGAGUUGAAGUUUCCAACGAAGAAAACAUUCUGACUCAAAAGAGCGUUGACGAAAAGUUAGCCGAAUAUGUUGAAGGACGUAAACAAAGGACCGCCAUGAUUGUUAGCUUGAAGAAGGCAGUGGAGUUCACAUCAGAGGAGAUGAAAGAAUGCAAAAGUCAAAUGAAGAAAGUGGAAGAGCAAAACAAGCGCUUGUGUAAAGAAAAUAAUGAUGUGAAAGAAGAGAUGUUGGGGAAGAGUAAGAGAUGUGAAGAGAAGACUGGACCACAUGUCUACAUCAACGUGCAGAGGAUUGGAGAGGUCCAGCAGCUGAUUGGUCAUCUAGAAGAGCUUCCCCCUCAGCCAGAGGGGGAUGGUUCCACUCUGAAGCAGGAGCCUCCACAACCACCCUGCAUUAAAAAGGAAGAGGAGGAACUCUGGAUCACUCAGGAGGGAGAGUGUCUGGAUGAAGCUGAUCUCACCAAGUUGCCACUGACUGUUGUCUCGGCGAAGACUGAAGAUGAUGAGGAGAAACCACAAGGAGACAACCUCUUAGCGCCACUAUCAGAUAGUGAGGCUGAAGAUGAGGUUGAAGUGUCUUUGAGCAGCGAUACAGACUGUGAAGGUGAUAUGAGGACUCACACUGACAACAAACACUCAAAAAAGAAGAGAGGUAAAAAAGGUUUGAGCUGCUCCGUUUGUGGUAAAAACUUAAGUAAAGAAAGCCUUUUAACUCAACACAUGAGAAUGCACACGGGAGAAAAACCAUUUAUCUGUUCAGUUUGUGGCAAAAGCUUUACUUUGAAGAGCAAUUUGACUGAACACACGAGAACGCACACUGGAGAAAAACCAUUUAGUUGUUCAGUUUGCGCAAAAACCUUCACUCACAGGAGCUGCCUGACUCAACACAUGAAAACGCACACAGGAGAAAAACCAUUUAAUUGCACAGUUUGCGCAAAAAGUUUCAUUUCAAACCAAGUUUGAUGCUACACAUGAGAAAGCACA